CGACUCACUGCAUUGUGCCUUGACCUUUACCGGCGGGCUGUCGAUUUAUGAAAUAGCGCUGAAACAGGGCGUAAUUGCCCAUCUGUCCUCUCGAUCAAGAAGACUGCUACCGAAACAAUGGCUCCUUCGCCGACCCCCAGCCCGGCUCCUACAGCUGCGAAAGUACCAAGCUCACGCCCGUCACUCGAGAUGACACCAGACUUCACUGACCAGUCCUUUGAUCCCGCCGAGUACCUCAACAAUGCUCUUCCUGCGCUGACGCUGGCGUCAUCUCAAACGAACCUCUCGCGGGGUCCUGCGGGGGCCUCUUCCCUGCCCGAACUGUCCACACAACUCCAGUCCGUCCUCUCACAAAUAAACGCGCAGAAUGCUCGACAUUCCACAGCCCUUACACAACUUACCGAUGAGAUUCUACGAAGCGGAGGUCGAUUAGCUUACGAAGUUGAAUUGCUGCGUGGAGAGACUAUUGGACUUUCGGACACGUUGACGGACGCACUACGGAGUGACAUUGAGAGAUUUGUCCCGGGCGCUGCGGACAAUGACAAGAUCGCCGGGGCGGAGGAAUCGGAAGAUGCUGGGGAACAGGGAGAGCGAGCGGAGACAAUCACAGUGCAGGACCCUGAAUAUAUCACCAAGCUACGCACGUUGAACCAAGUCCGGGCACGACUGGAAGAAGUGGUGCAGACCUUCGGAGAUGCCAUGGAAUGGCCCCUCCCGCCAUCGGAGACGUCUAUAACAUCGUCAUUUAUUUCGGUGUCGGCGCCGGAACCGGGGCCUGAGAGCCACAGUCGCGAGGAGAAGGGCCAAGAGGUGGCUAAGAAGCUGCGAAAGGAAGUAACGGAGCUUUUAGAUAGCAACGGUGGCGGGCAGGAGGGGAUUGAAGCUGCCUCGCGACGUGUUGAGUCGCUACGUACAUUGGCACUUGUCUGGAAGGGCACUGCGGAGGAGAAGGCCCGGACCCGGUUUGUAGACAGCCUGGCUAAGAUCGUGGAGGACCGUCGCAAGGCCCUAGACAAUCAGGGCCGAUCCGACCAGUCCCAGCAGCCGUCCGGAUCGUCUACGAAGGGACCAACAACGGGUCAUCGGCGGCAAGAAAGCGAAGGCCCGGGGGGUGGCAUCUUCCGCAAUUUGCAACGGCUGCGAGAAGAGAUAUACCUGGAAUGAGCCACUGCUUCUUCGAAAUGUCUAUAUUGUUGUAUUGUCGAUUUAUUCUGGGCCAUUGAUUGCAUUUUGGCGGCGUU